AUGCCUUCACCAGCUGAAAUCGUCGCUGCGCUCGUUAGCCGUCAUGAGUUAGAACAACAGCAACAGCAACAACAACGCCAAGAAGAGGAUGGAAAUAACGAUAUGGCUGCUUCUACAGAGAAAUCGAGAACUUCCACACCUUCAAUUACCGAUAAAUCUGCUUUUCCUGCUUUGGGAACAAACACUUUGUGUUCUUCUCCAAAAGCUCAAUCGCCAGCAACUUGGGGACCCAAAAUGAAAGCACCUCCUAUAUCAUCAACUCCCGUUUUGAAAUCGACCACCUCGACCACUGCUGCGUCAAAGACCAACGGUAAUGGAUACGCGCACAAGGCCAAAACCUCAACUAUUCAAGAAGCAUUCUCCUUGGAUAUCGAAGACCAAUUGAAUGUAACACGCCCUGAAUUUAUCAAGAUUUUGACUUUUGUAAUGCAAGAAACUAAAACAAGUAUUGAGUGUACUAACUCGCAACACACUAAAAAGAGAACCUUUUUAAUCACUGGUAAACCCGAAGAAGUGAAAUUGGCAAAGAGAUUAGUGAUAAAAAAAUUAACUAAACCUGUCAAGAUUAAAUUUUUGGUUCCUGCUAAGUUGAGAUCUAGAAUCAUUGGCCAAGGUGGUAAAAACUUGAAGCCCAUUAUUCUGGUUAAUGAAGUUAAGAUUGAAAUUGGUGACGAAGAAGAGGUCAAUAAUGAAAAUGAAUCCGGUAAUGGCAAUGGCAAUGGCAAUGGCAAUGCCGAAGCUGACGAUAACGAGAAAGAUGAUGACGAUGACAUUUUCUCCAAAACUGUUCAAAUCACAAUUGAUGGUGAUAUUGAAGGCUCUAAACGUGCCAAGAAUCAAAUCUUGGCUAUUGUUAAGGAGGAAACUAAAAAUUUGUCUUCAAAAGUUGCUUUGAAUGAUAUCGUCAAGCCUUUUGCUAAUGCAGAAUUGAAAUCAAUCGUUGAGAAAUAUCCCGAUUUGGAUUUUUCCAUACCAGACUACAAGUCAAGUAGAAAUUCAAUUGUCAUUGUUGGUGAUCGUGAAUCCGUCCUUGAGGCUAAAUCCGAUAUCAAAGCAGCUUUGGAGAAAUUGAAUAAUGAAAUAACUGUUGAAGAGGUGCCCAUACCUAAAACCAAACAUCAGUUUUUACCAAUUGAUGACGUUUUGGAAAAGUGUAAUGUUUUGAUACAAUUGCCAAAAGAAGAUGAACAAAAUGUUAAAUUUGUUGGUGAGAAGGAGAAUAUCAAACAAGCUCAAGAAGAAGCAAGGAAGGUUACUUCUCAAUAUAAGGUUGAAAUUUUGGAUAUGUCAAAAGCUCACAAGGGUAAUUUGAAACAUGUUAAAGCUGUAGCUGUUUUAUUAAACAAAACAGGUGCUUUUAAACAAAUUGGUCUUUCAAAUGAUGUGACCAUCAAUGUUCCAUCAGCAAAAGUCUUGCAAUCACAGCCACAAUCACAGAGCUACAUUCCAAUUGAGAUUGUAUCGAAGGGAGGUGAAAAUAACAUAAAAGCUGCUAAAAAGGCCAUUGUCAACCAAGUUAAUAAAAUCACACCUGAUCAAACAAAAACGAUUGAUGACAUUGAUGAAUUUUUCUUUAGAAAAAUUGACGAAAAAAUCAAGGAGUUGGCCAAGACUGAAGGAGUAGAUUAUGUCGUAUUGGGCAAUAUCAUUACAUUGUUCAAAUCGCAAGAUAAACAAGCAGAAGAAGAAGAAGAAGCGGAAGAUUUUGAUGUUGAUGAUGAUGUUGCUGACUCUAAUUCAACGUUGGAAGCAUUCAACAAGGUAGACUCAGCUUUGGAUGAAUUGAGGCAACUAGCCACGAGAUUAACUACUGAGUCCUUGGGAGUUACUCUGAAUGAUUUACAAGCUGUUUCUGGUCCAAAAGGAACUACAUUGAAGUCUAUUUUAGCUUCAGUUGAGCCAAAUACCGCUGCUGUUGAAUUUGGUGAAAAUGUAAUCCGGAUCCAUGGUAUUAAUACAUCAGUAGCUGUUAUUAAAAAGGAAAUCGAAGCCGUUUUAGCCGAGGCUAAAGAAUAUCCCGAUGGAUAUUUUACCACCAUUUCAAUUCCCUCGCAAGUUGUGUCUCGAUUAAUUGGUAAGAACGGAAGUUUUUUGAACUCGCUUAGAGACGAAUUUGGAGUCAAAAUUGAUGUACCAUUAGUUGAAAAUGGUACUAGUAAUAAUAACAAUAGUAAUAGUAAUAAAAGAGAUGAAGGUAAGCAAGUGGAAGUGACAAUAAGGGGAGUUAAAAAGAAUGUUGAAGAAGCUAAGCUUAGAAUCCUUUCCACGACAAAGAAAUGGGCUGAUGAAACUCUUGUGAGGUUGAAAGUUGAAAACCAAUACCAUAGAAGAAUUAUUGGUGCUCAAGGGAUUUACAUUAAUCGUUUACAAGAUAAAUAUAAUGUUAGGAUCAGAUUCCCAUCUCCAGAUGCCCCAUUAUCGACGACUUUCUCUGAUGCACCUAAAUCGAAAGAUGAAGUUACUAUUAAGGGACCAUCGAAAGGAGUAGCCAAGGCUAGCGAAGAGCUUCAAGAAUUAUACCAAUUUGAAAAAGAGAAUGGGUUCAAGCAAACUUUGAAGAUUCCUUCCAAGGCCAUUUCUAGAGUUAUCGGUAAAUCCGGUGGUACGAUCAAAGACAUUGCUGAUGGUACAGGUGUAGAGUAUAAGUUCAAACGUGAUGACAAAGAUAACCACGAGGAAAAGGAUGGAUAUGUAGAGCUUGAGUUAACCGGUUCCAAAUCUGGAUUAAAAGAGUCUGUUUCCAAAAUACAAGAAAUUAUUGAUGAAAUUGAGAAUUUUACUACCCGUACCAUCAAAGUUGAACCCCAGUAUCAUCGUGAUUUAGUUGGUCCCUAUGGGUCUAUUAUGAAACAAAUCAUUUCACAAGCUGGUGGUGAUAAUUUACCCAGAAACAAGUAUAAUAGAUUGUUAACUAUCCCAAAUGAAGGCUCAGGAAGCGAUGAGGUUGUUUCUCAAGGUGAUAAAACGAUAGUUGACAAGAUUGUUGCUGCCGUGGAAAAAAUCGUCGAGGAAAAGAAGGCUACAGUAGUUGAGGAAUUGGAGCUUGCAAAGGAGAAACAUCGUUUCAUUAUUGGUCCUGGUGGUUCAAUCCGUUCUGAGAUUGAGCGAGAAUAUAAGGUGGGACUUAAUAUUCCAAGGAAAGAUGAAGAGAGUCUGGUUAUUAAGAUUAAGGGAUUACCAGAGAGCAUUGAGUUGGCAAAAGCUAAAAUUGAAGAGUUGACCAAGGAUAAAAAAGUUGGUGGUUCAAAAAGGGUUAAACCCGACACUGUCGAGCAAAGCGAGAUAGUGGAGCACUAA